UGGAACGAUUACAAGCUCCAGUGGAAUCCAGUGGACUACGGAGGUGCUGAAUUCAUCCGGGUGCCGUCCGGCCAGAUCUGGAAGCCAGAUAUUGUUUUAUAUAACAAUGCAGUUGGAGAUUUCCAGGUUGAUGACAAGACAAAGGCCCUACUGAAAUACACAGAAACCAUACCUUCUACUUCGUUGGUAAUUCCACUUAUCGGAGAAUACCUCCUUUUCACCAUGAUAUUUGUAACUCUAUCUAUUGUCAUUACGGUAUUUGUACUUAACGUGCACUACAGAACACCCAAGACGCACACAAUGCCUGUGUGGGUGAGAACCAUCUUCUUGAACUUACUUCCCAGGAUCAUGUUUAUGACAAGGCCUGCCAGUGAUGAAGAGAACAAUCAGAAGCCAAAACCAUUCUACACUGCUGAGUUUCCAAACUUAAACUGCUUCAACAGUUCUGAAACCAAAUGCUGCAAAGACGGCUUUGUAUGUCAAGAUACAGCAUGCAGCUGCUGUCAGUAUCAACGAACGAAGUUCUCAGAUUUCAGUGGCAAUCUCACAAGAAGUUCAAGUUCUGAAUCUGUAGAUCCUCUGCUUUCAUUUUCAGUUCUGUCACCAGAAAUGAGAGCUGCUAUUGAAAGUGUUAAAUACAUUGCAGAAAAUAUGAAAAUGCAGAAUGAAGCAAAAGAGAUUCAGGAUGACUGGAAAUACGUUGCCAUGGUAAUUGAUCGCAUUUUUCUAUGGGUUUUCAUCCUGGUAUGUAUUCUAGGAACAGCAGGAUUGUUUUUGCAGCCUUUGAUGGCUGGAGAUGAAAUGUAAAAAUUCAAACGGUAUGUUAAAAAACCAAACCAAACUUUUGCCAACCAAACCUUUUUUUUCCCCUGCAUCUGAUGUCUCUUGUAUGUGUUUCACUAGUAGAAUAAGGAUCUCUCUUAGCCUCAACUUUGCUUGACCAAGGUGGCUUUAUUAAAAAUGCGAAAAAGUCUGUUUUUAACUGUUAUGACAGCUGAUCUCAAGGCAACAUGCUUGAGGCUUGCUAGUUACUUUUUGUAGUAACUGGAAAAGAUGUAGGUAGUACAUUAAAAUUUAUAGGAAUACUUUACAAAUGGUUUGAUAAAGAAACUGAUAAUUAUAUAGAUAGUCUGAAGGUUGAGACAAGUUCAAUACUUGGGCUACCAGAUUUAUUUUGAGGAGUCUGGUGCUAAGUCUUUUCACAGCACAAGAAGUUCUUCUGGCAAUAAGUUCAUAAUUAGUUCAAUGAAUGUCCCUACAAUGAUGAAGCAAUUUAGAAAGCUUAUCCAUUGAAUCGUAAGAAUGCAGAACAUUGCCACCUGGUGUAUAAACAAUAACUCCAAUUGUGAGAGGAAAGGACCAUGGGCAGGAUUAUUUACAGAAGGAAAACGAGUAUGUGAUUAAUAGAUGAUAAUAAAACAGCCAGAAUACAAACUCUGUGCUUCCCCUAUUUUCACUAUAUAAAAAGACUGUCAGAAAAACAUCAAGCUGUUCAGACCUAAUAACGUUUUAAACUGUAUAAAGCACACAAUAAGAUGCAGUCAUUGGACUUUCCUCCCUUCCCAUGGCCAGCCUUUCCUCCUGGCUCAUGGCCUGUCUCCUAAUAGAGUCUUGAGGUACAGCUGAAGCCAGCUGCAAGCUGUGCCUAGAAUGGCACUUUGGGAGGUUUAACCCUUUUCUGCCAAAUAUUUUUCAAUUAUUAUUUUAACUACAGAGGAGGGGGUAGAAAGGAAACGGAGAAUACAGCGGUAUGUGUGUGUAUGUAUGUAUGUAUGUGUGUGUGUGUGUGUGUAUAUAUAUGUAUGUAUGUAUAUGUAUAUGUAUAUAUUCCCUUGAAAGAGGGAAGGACUUUUAGUACCCUUGGCCCUUGAUUUCCCAUCAAGGGAAAAGAUCAAAAUACCAUAGGAUAGUUUGGAUAUGGAAGCAGCCUGCUACAGCAAAGUGCUUUACUAUGUGGGAAGGCAGGCAAAUACAAAGUAUUCCUGUAAAGUAUGCUAAAAAUUACUUCUUAGGCAUACUUAAAAAAA